GUAGCAAGCAAAGCAGCUUGGAGUGAGUUGGGACACUGUCUCUGUUUAAUCAAAAGUCAAACAUGGUACGCCUGGUGUUCCUCUGUAUCGUCCUGUUCACGGUGGAGUGUACCGCCGCUAACCCCGUGCCGAAGCCGGACUACUUGCAGGUGAUCGCCCAGGCGGCGUGCUCGGGAGUCAUCGGGGCGGAGUCCGCCUACAUCUGGGCCGUGCCAAGGGACUGCUCCGCUACCGGGGACGGGAUGACCUGCGAGCAGGUCUGUCAGGAACACCAGUCUGCCCUGUUGGACCAGACCUCCAGCCGACGCCCAAACGUCUUCUGCUUUGACGCCUUCCAACUCCACUUCAUCCGUACGUCGGAGAUGGACUAUACCAAGACGUACCACUACCAGCGUGUGCAGGGGUGUUCUUGGCGGGCCAACCACUGCGGACCCAACUACUGCUGCUGCCGUACCCCGUAUUAAAAGCGGUGUGGCGUUGUUAUAAGCAUGCAAAAGCGCCGCCUUGCAGAUCCCUAGCAUAACUCAUCACCUGAGCUUGGUUGAAGUGAAUACAAGAAACACAGAAACUGUACCCAACUCAUGACCAUUUAACAUAAACGUAAUUUUUAAUUGUAGACAGAGAAAUAAACUUUGAAGUUGACCAAAACUUUGCAUGGUAUUUCUUCCUUUUAUCCAUACCAUUUUGUUGUCAGUCUUGUAUUGUCACUGUAAGUACAACA